AAAUUUCACCAACUAAUUCACAAACCUUAUCAAAUAUCAACCCCUUUUUUCAUAUCUUAAGUUUCCCUUUGACCAAAAUCUUGCUACCAAUCCUUUCCAUUGAAAAAAUACCUAAAAUACUCCUCAAAAAGCUUAUUUUUCCUCCAUAUUCCUCAAAAAGCUCUUCAUCCUCCAUUAAAAUGAGGGUAAAUGUUGCUCAAGCUAUACCUCCUUCCCUUUCUCCUCCUCCAUCUCCUCACAAUGCUUCUUCAUCUUCCCUAUUCACCUUCAAGAAACUUCCUCUUCAUCGAUCAAAAUCAUCAUCAUCGUACCCUGUGUAUCCAGGCCCUAAGAUUCAUCGAUCAAAAUCAUUGGAUCAAAACAUGCGUGGAUGUUGUAGUGCAAGUUUCGAUGGCCAUGAUUUCCCCCAUAAUCACCCAAUUGAAGAUUUCACCCGAAAACAAAAUACCCAUAAGCGCAAUUCGCCUAGUUUUCGCCGAAACAUGACUACUACGACGUCGUUUAGGCAGUAUGAUUCUCAGGUAGAUGUUCUAGAACCUUCUUUCCUUGGCAUCAAGCCUGAACCCCCUGAUUGGUCCGCUAGAGAUGAAAUGAUUCGUGAUUGUAUUGCUAGAAGAGCAAGUAGUAUUGAAUUACCUGUUUCGCUUAGAAUGAUCAAAAUGAAGCAGAAAUUUCUGAGAUUGGAAGAAGAACGAGAAAUUGGGGAUCUUGAAGAACAUAUGAAAAAUAAUCAAUCACCCAUAAAUAGUUUAUAUUGUUCAACUUUGUAUAUUGUUAGAGAAAUUCAAAGCCAAGCUUUGAAAAGCAGGGGAAUUGUUUUAGAUGAAGAAUUAGAUGAUGGGAUUGUUAGUAAAUUUCAAAGGGAAAUGACUUCAUCUUUUAUUUGGUUGUUUAGAGAAGUUUUUGCUAAAACCCCUAGUUUAAUGUUACAAGUUAUGGUACUUACCUCUGAUUUUGCUACCUAUUCACUUGAAACAUUGCAACCAUUUGCACAAACCCUUGAAAAAUCAAGGGAAGAACAUGAAAAUUUGGGACAAAAUUCGAGGAAUUGGGGAGGUGGGUGUUUAGAAUUAGGGAAAUUAGUCCCCACAAAAGAAAUAUCGGAAAAAAUGGAGGAAAAUGAGAUGGGUAUGUGGAAUUCAAUGGUGGAAGAAGCUAAUCAUAUAGAACAAGGAGGUUUUGAUAAGAUUGAAGGGCUUAGAUUCGUAGAUUAUAAUGGUAAUCUUGUUAAACAUGUUGAUGAUAAGUUGACGGAGAAGAGAAUUGAAUUUGUUUCUCCAGUGAAAGUUGAGAUCGAAGGGGAUGAUUAUGAAGAGUAUUAUAGAACUGAUUUUCUCUAUCAAAUGGGUUUAUUUCAAGAGCCAAAUAACACUCUUUUGCUGUCUAAUUAUGCUCUGUUUCUCAGCCUUGUUUUCAAGGAUUAUGACAGGGCAGAGGAGUGCUUCAAGCGCGCAAUACAGUUAGAUCCAACUGAUGGGGAGGUGAUGACCCAGUACGCGAAUUUCUUAUGGGUGGUAAGAAAAAAUUUUUGGGAGGCUGAAGAGAGAUUUCAACAGGCUAUGGCAGCCGAGCCAGAUAACUCCUUUCAUGCAUCGAAUUACGCAAGUUUCUUAUGGAGCACGGGUGCUGAAGAUACAUGUUACCCUCUCGAUUCCACUGCUGGCAAGAGCUAACGACGGAAAACGAGCUACUUGAAGAAAAUUAUGCAGGAGCCGUUGGAUAUCGUUUUGAUGGCUCCUGGGUAGUGUGGCUUUGUGAUCUUGCCUUUGGUAGCUCUGUAUGUUGAUGAGUAAUAUGUAAUUGUAUAGUUGCAAGUAAAGUAUUGCAGUGCAGUGCAGUUUUCCAAUUAA